UAUAUCAUUGAUGACAGAAUUUUUGCAACAAAGUAAUCUGUAAUUUUUAUGUUGACGUUUUGAAAUAGUUUUGGAGAAAAAGUUUCGUUUUGACUUUUAGAUUUUGUUACUAUUUGUUAUUAUACGUGUUUACUAUUGAAAGUUUUAUUUGUUAUAUUUCUAGAUCUUUUUUAAUUAUUUUUGUUUUGUAUGUGUUAUUAACAAUGUAUAAAUAUUUGGUACUGUACAACAUAUUGCUUAUCACUUUUAUUCAAGGAACAAUAAUUCCUGCUGUAAAGAUCCCUGUGAAAACAUCAGUUGACAAUGAAUUAUCCAAAGCUGUUAAAAAUACGACAAAUACAUCUAUGAGUGAAGGUGGUGCAAUAGUAUCCAGUAAUCCUGUCACACUGUCUGUUGAAAACGAAAGUUUGCCUAAAAAUAUUGAUAAGGAACUGAGUAGCAAUAAAGGUAAAUCUAUCGUUCCACGAAAAGGUGUUAUCUAUAAUCCAGCUGAAGAUGUUAGCCAUGACAAAAUUAAUCAAAGCUCAACUACUACAAAAAGUAAAAAUACUACUAUUGAAAUAUUGAAGCGAAUUAAAUUAGAAGGGUUAAAUGAAACAAGUACUUUUAAUGACACACAAAAAUCAAAUAUCACAAAAAAUUAUAAGCCUUUAAUAUUGUCACACGAAGCUUUAGCGAGAAUGGAUAAAAUAAAUAAUUUGGAACUUGAUGAAGACGGUCCUAAUAUUAAAGUACAUUCAGCGAAGGCAAGUGGUCAUCCAGAAAUGAUUAUGCCUAUUGUAAUAACAAUAUUAGUCGUUCCUAUGUUUGCUGUACUGGGUUACAUGGCUGUCAAAAGAGGUCAGGAAGCUUGGAAGAACAGACAUUACAAAAGAAUGGACUUUCUUCUCGAUGGGAUGUACAAUGAUUAACUUGGUAGACUUCAUUAAUUAUGUUACAAAUUAAUGAAAGAUUUCUACAAAUAUUGGAGAAAAUAAUGAUUGCUACCAAAACAACUUUGUCUUGUUGAUAGAUAGAUGCAUUUGACAUUAUCAAAAAAAAAUCUCACAUUUUUUAAUGGUUGUUUUGCUUUUGCAACAUGUGAUCUAGCUUCAAAUUAUAUUUUGGAAGUUAUUAUUUUGUUAUUUGAAAUAGAAGAUUAGAAAUAAGAAUAAGGAUAUAUAUACUAGUGUAUGAAAGCUCAAAAGGAUUGACAAUAUUUACAAAGCAAUAAUAAGUGAGGUGCUUUUUCAUGUGCCUUGUUUAUAUUAUUUACUAAUCAUAGUGUAAUGUACUUUGUAUUUUUGAUAUUGUAAUUUUUAAAUAUAGCUUUGUAGUCUUCCUAAGAUUUUAUUGUUGUGAUAUAUUCAGAAUUUAAUGUUAAACUAUGUUGAGAUUGUUAAAUACAAAUAAAAUAUAACAAAAUUAUAUUUUACCAAUAAUUGUUAAAUUAAUAAAGAACUUAAUUUUA